AACGCUUCGUCUCGUUCCUGGUUUCCGGUCGGACUGUGACUGUGACGCUCUCUGAUCAGCGGAGCGUCAACAUGGCAGCGGUUCUGUCACCGAGACCGUGCGAGAGCAAUCCCGCGACUCCCGGGACGCAGUCUGUGAAGGAUGACAUUGAGGAGAGCUCCAGUGAUGGUAGUCAGGCCCCCAAGAGACGGCGGAUGGGCUCCGGAGACAGCUCCAGGAGCUGUGACACCUCCAGCCAUGAGCAGGGACCAACAUACUUUCCUGCUGAGAAUCUGACCGAAUACAAAUGGCCCCCAGAUGACUCAGGGGAGUAUUAUAUGUUACAGGAACAAGUGAGCGAGUACCUAGGAGUCACUUCAUUCAAACGGAAAUAUCCAGAUUUGGAAAGAAGAGACCUGUCUCACAAAGAAAAACUUUAUCUGAGAGAACAAAAUGUUAUUACAGAAACACAGUGCACUUUGGGCCUCACUGCUCUGCGCAGUGAUGAAGUGAUUGAUCUGAUGAUUAAGGAGUAUCCCGUCAAACAUGCGGAGUACUCUGUCAUACUCCAGGAGCGAGAGCGCCAGAGGAUCACUAAAGAGUACUCUGUGAGCACGCUGAGUGCGCAAAUGCAGCAACAGAAUCCUCAAAAAGUUGAAGCCAGUAAAGUGCCCGACUACAUCAAGAAAGCAGCUAAAAAAGCUGCUGAAUUCAACAGUAAUUUCAACCGAGAGCGGAUGGAGGAGAGGAGGGCUUAUUUUGAUCUUCAAACACAUAUUAUUCAGGUGCCUCAAGGAAGAUACAGAAUCCUCCCUCCAGAAAGGACCAGGACCGGUCCAUACCCAGUCGCCCUCAUUCCUGGCCAGUUCCAAGAGUACUACAAAAGGUACUCUCCAAAUGAGCUCCGCUACUUGCCUUUGAACACGGCUCUGUACGAGCCUCCACUGGACCCCGAGCUGCCUGCCCUGGACAGUGAUGGGGAUUCGGAUGAAGGUGAGGACGGGAAAGAAGACGGCAGAAAAAAUAAAGCUUCCUCUGACAGCUCAUCAGGAAACACUUCAGACGGAGACAGCCAAGACAGUGGAAUUCAGUCCAAAGUCAAGAGCAAAGACGCCACUCCUCGCACCGUCCAACACAAAUCUGUCCCCGGGUACAAGCCUAAGGUCAUUCCCAAUGCUAUAUGUGGCAUAUGUCAGAAGGGUAAGGAGGCCAACAAGAAAGGCAAACCAGAGACUCUCAUCCACUGCUCCCAGUGCCAGAACAGCGGUCACCCGUCCUGCUUGGACAUGAGUGUGGAGCUGGUGUCCCAGAUCAAGAUGUACCCCUGGCAGUGCAUGGAGUGCAAGACGUGCACCGUGUGCCAGCAGCCACACCAUGAGGAGGAGAUGAUGUUCUGUGACAAGUGUGACCGAGGUUUCCACACCUUCUGUGUGGGCAUGGACUCCAUUCCUCAGGGUUGCUGGGUCUGUGAUUUGUGCAACAAAGAGUUUUCUACACCUCAAAAGAAAGGAACAAAAACACCCAAAAAAUCUAAAUGAGAUCCAAAAAGUCGACCAAUUUUUUUUACCUCACUUUGGUAUUAAUUUCUAUUUUUCUAUUAUUUGACAUCCUUUAUGUGUUUCAAUGUUGCAUUAACUUUUUGUAAUUUACAUUUUUGUUGUUAUAAACAGUUGUUUCGGCAUCACAUAAGGUUUUUUGUAUUGUUAACUUGUUUAAAAUAAAGUUGAAAAAGCA